AUGCUUGGGGCUGACACAAGUCCUGAUGGUCACACUUAUGCUUGUGUUAUACGUGCGUGUGCUGACAACUUUGAUUAUGGUACGCUAAGGCGUGUUCAUGGAGGUUUUGUGGCUACAAGAUUAGGAUUGGACCCUGCUUGUUGCAGCGCCCUUGUGUCUGCUUAUUCAAAACUCGGCCUUGUUCAUGAAGCGCGUAGAGUGUUCAAUAGGAUCACCGAAUCAGAUAUAGUUUUAUGGAAUUCGUUGAUUUCUGGCUAUGGGAGCUCUGGUCUGUGGGAUGUUGGGAUGCAGAUGUUUAGUGCGAUGAAACUUGUCGGGAAGAAGCCUGAUGGAUAUACCCUGGUUGGGUUGCUUGUGGGUGUUGUAGAUUCUGGGGUGCUGAGCAUUGGCCAAGGAUUACAUUGUUUAAGUCAAAAAAGUGGGCUUGAUUCUGACUCUCAUGUUAGUAGUUUGCUGGUGAGUUUGUACUCGAGAUGUAAGUGCAUGGAUUAUGCAUAUAGGGUCUUUUGCAGUAUACUGAAUCCUGAUUUGGUCACAUGGUCUGCUCUUAUUAUGGGGUAUUCUCAGGCUGGGGUGUAUGAGAAGGUGUUGUACCUUUUUAGGAAAUUAAACAUGGAAGACAGGAAGGCAGAUACUGUCUUGGUUGCCAGUGUAUUGGCUUCUAUUGCUCGUACGACAAAUGUAGGACUUGGGUGCGAGGUACAUGGUUAUGCUCUUCGGCAUCGAUUGGAACUAGAUGUCAGGGUCUCCUAUGCUCUAAUAGAUAUGUACUCAAAGUGUGGUUGCUUGCAGUUGGGAAUUAGUGUUUUCAGGAUAAUGCCAGUGCGGAAUGUUGUUUCUUAUAAUUCUAUAAUUUUGGGUUUUGGCUUGCAUGGAUAUGCUUAUGAGGCUUUUAAGGUAUUUGAUGAGAUGCUGGAGAAAGGAUUGGUACCUGAUGAAGCCACAUUCUCUUCUCUGCUUUCUACCUGUUGUCAUGCUGGCCUCGUCAAAGAUGGUCGGUCAGGAGAUUUUCCGGAGAAUGAAGGAGGAAUUUGGCAUCAGAGCUAG